UGUUCCCAGGCGACAUUCUAGUAGCCGACGAACUGGGCUAUCUGUAUUUCCGCGACCGCACUGGUGACACCUUCCGUUGGCGCGGCGAGAAUGUCAGCACCACUGAGGUGGAGGCCGCCAUAUCCAAGAUCACCAAUCAUAGAGAUGCUGUUGUCUAUGGUGUACUAGUUCCGAACGUAGAAGGUAGAGCGGGUAUGUGUGGUAUAGUGGACACAAACGGAACUUUGGACCUUCACAAGUUGGCAAGGGACCUAGUAAAAGAGUUACCUCCAUACGCUAAGCCGGUCUUCUUGAGGAUUAUGACUAGCAUGGAUAUGACAGGUACGUUCAAAAUGAAAAAGACUGAGCUACAAAAAGAAGGCUUCAAUCCAAAUAAUGUGAAAUAUGAUCAGAUUUACUAUUUGGACCCGAAAGCAGGCACGUACUUGCCUGUGGACAACGAUGUCUAUCGACGAAUUUGUAGUGGAGAAAUUAGACUGUAAAUGUAUUUAAGUAAAAUGCUUUUUGGCCAAAGGCGGGGUUGAACUUGAUGUUAUUAGAAAAUGAGGAUGAUAAAAUACUUUGGAAAAUAGGUGUAGAGAGAGUCUCUGACUUUUAUUUAUCCUUUGUAGUUAUGAAAUAAGAACUAUAAUUAACGUGUCAGUACGACAAGUUGUUCUUACUUUCCCGCUAGCGACAUCUGAUAUCAUCUAUCUAUCUUAUUCAUAGUCAUCGCCUCGUUUCUGGCCUUAAAUAUGUUUUAUAAUACUUUUUUACCUGUCAUUGUCAUAUCAGUUUGAUACAAACAAGUCUUUAGAAUACGUUUCCACUUAACUGAAAUCGCCAUGGAGCUGAUAUUUUUUAAUUCUCUCAUUUAUAGCAUUUAUCGAUAUGCCAAAUAUAUAUAUGUUUUUUCCUUUUUAUUCUUAUUUUAUACUCGGGCACAACGUAAUAUGCGUUCAAACAUUUCCAAUUAAACGCGGUCAAUGACUAAAUGAACGAACAAUAGUAUUGCUUGACACUAGUUUCUUAAUAAGAGCAACCAAAUUACUCAAUCCGUAAAACAAAUAACUUAAGGGUUAAGUAUAUAUGACUUCUUGUACACAAGUCCAACGUAGAAUUUUCACAAAACAAUAUAAUAAAUGCCUUAACAUUUUCAUUAUGUUUGUUUAUGAAUCGUGUCACAUUUUCCAUGUGUGUUUUUAUAAGAAUUGCAAAUAUACUCUAGGAUAUAACGUUUUGUCUUCAUGCAACACUGUUGCGUCCUUAUACACGCUGUAUACAAUAUUCAAUAUAAUAUUAAUUAUUUUUAUAGCCUGUAUGGAUAAGGUGUAUGUAUGUAUUUGUAAAUAUAACAUUCCCCAAAGUUAAUGAAAAAAUCUUUAUGUAUUUUUUAUAAUCUGUAGAUCUGAUGUAACAAACUGUGCUUUUACUUUUUAAAUAAUUUAUAAAUAUUGUGCGAAUAAUUGUACUUAAUACAUUGACUUACAAUUAUAUGGAC